GCCCAGUCCUUCCCGGGCGUGCUGUGAGGGGCUUGUUAACGGUCCGUCUCUUGUGGAAAGUGGCGCGGCCGCCGCUGGAGGCCUCUGUAUGGUGGAGAGGCCUCGAGCCGAUUAGGACCGCUACUUCCCGCCGGCAUGGGUGUUGUCGCCGCCGCUGUAUCCAGCGCCGGCCAUUCCGGACUGGGGCCUGCCGCCUGUGGCCGAAGCCGCUGCCCUCUGUGGCUCUUCUGCUGGCCCGGGGACCGGCCUGGGGCGCCGACAACGCCGCGAGGCGAGGCCGGGACCGUCUAGGCCUCUCCGGAUCCUGUCCGAGCUCCUGCCUCCUGGUCCGCGUACCUCGCUGAGACACUGUCAAGAGCCGGGCGAUGGAACCGGGAACGGACGGGCCACGAGGAGGGCUGGCGCCUCGGACGGGCCCCCUGUUCCGGCUGCCCUUCUUUCGUCGGCGCUCGCCACCAAGCACUGUCAGGUUCCCCACACCUCUUGUCGCGGAGCAUCCCGGGGACCCUAAAACGGCUUCCUCUCCCCGGCCUGACGCUCGGACCAGCUACUGGAUGAAGCUCCUUUCCCAGCUCUUCGCGCCUCUCCCCAUCCUGCUUCAGAAGCUGCUGAUUUGGAGCCAGCUUUUCAGUGGGAUGAUUCCGACCAGAUGGAUAGAUUACACUGGAGGCUACAGCGCCCUGAGAUCCCUGAGAGCUCGGGAGGACCUGGCUGGUCCCGCGUCGCAGAAAUCUCUGAGUGCGCUGCGGCUGGACCCCUCGGCCGACUCGACUGCCAGUCUCCUGGACUGGCCACAGGAGGAGAUCCACUGGCAGCGCUCGUCCCCCGAUCUAGAAUUGGAACUGAAAGCCCAGGGAAGAGCCAUGAACCCUGCGGCCCACGCAUUUCUCCUCGAGCAGCAGCUGUGGGGAGUGGAACUGUUGCCGAAUACCCUUCAAACCCGGCUGCUCUCUGACCGGGAACUUGGCUCUUCACCCUCCGGGCCUCGAAACCUUCAGCGCUUAAGCAAUUUCAACGCCGUCUCUUAUUUGCUGAACCCCUCUUAUCUGGACUGCCUGCCGCUGGUAGAGCUCAGCUAUCAGAACGGCAUCGGAAGUGGCACGCUAGUUGACUUCCAGACUGUAAGCUCAGAGAGCAGCUGUCUGCCUGAGGACCAUUCUCAUCCCCAGCCACUGAAUGCUGAGGUCACUCGCGCCUCGUGGCAGGGAUGUCCACCUCUUUCUAGAGAAGAAGGUCUGCCAGAAAUUCACCAUGUUCGCAUGAAACGGUUGGAAUUCCUUCAACAUUCUAUCAAGGGGCAAGCGUUACCUACCCCUGACCAAGAUCAUGGCUACCACAGCCUGGAGGAGGAACACAGCCUUCUCCGGUUGGACCCGAAGCCCUGCAGAGAUAGUCUGACAUCCUUUGUUCCCCCUGCUGGAGCCAUUCCCGGAACCGCCCAGGGACCCACGGAGGAAAAAAUAGAAUUGACUAAAGAGGUUCCUCUUGCUUUGGAAAAACAGGGCCCUUCGGAAAGCUGUGCAUCUUGUGAGGUACCUAUGGAAAGAGAGCCAGGGGAAGACCAAAUAACUGUAGUUGACUCCUCAGACAUAGACGAUGACCUUCCCAUUUCUGCCAGACCAGCGUGUAGUAACAGAUUGAUAGAUUACAUUUUGGGAGGUGUAUCCAGUGACCAGGAAACAAAUUCUGAUUCAGAAGGUGUGGACUGGGAUGAGGAAGCUGAGGAUGAUGGUUUUGAUAGUGAUAGGUCACUCUCAGAAUCAGACGAACAGGACUCUGAAGGCCUUCACCUGUGGAACUCUUUCUACAGUGUAGAUCCUUAUAAUCCCCAAAACUUUACAGCAGCGAUUCAGACUGCUGCCAGAAUUGUUCCUGGGGGCUCUUCUGACUCAGAGAAGGAUUUGCCUGACAAGUCUGAUUUAGAGAAUUCUCUCCAAACUGGAAACCUUCUUGAGUCUCCUGACCAUAAUUCUGGGGAGGAAGAUGACUGGGAAUCUAGUGCAGAUGAAGCAGAGAGUCUCAAACUGUGGAACUCUUUCUGUAAUUCGGAUGACCCUUACAACCUUUUAAAUUUUAAAGCUCCUUUUCAAACAUCAGGGAAAAAUUGGAAAGCCUGUCAUGAUUCAGAGAGGCCAUCUGAGUCCAUUGUGGCCAUUUCUGAGUGUCACACCUUACUGUCCUGUAAGGAGCAACUGUUAGGGAGCCGAGAUAGUGAAUGUUCAGACUUGGUACCUGCUGGGGUUCUUUCUGGAGAAAGACAUACGCAUAUCAAGAGAAAAAAGGUAACCUUCCUUGAAGAAGUUACUGAGUAUUAUAUAAGUGGUGAUGAGGAUCGCAAAGGACCAUGGGAAGAAUUUGCACGGGAUGGAUGCAGGUUCCAGAAACGAAUUCAAGAAACAGAAGACGCCAUUGGAUAUUGCUUGACAUUUGAGCACAGAGAAAGAAUGUUUCACAGACUCCAGGAAACAUGCUUCAAAGGACUUCAUGUUUCGAGUCAUGUUCAGAUGAUUUGAUAGCCUCUGUCCCUAGCAUACACUAACCCUUACUUGAGAGAGGUUUCUUUUCAAACAAAAAUUGGCAGCUGUCCUUUGACUUUUUUUUAAGAGGAUAUGUAACUUGGAUCCAGCGACCUUAUUUAAUAUUGUUUUACAACAUAUCCCACUCAGAAAUGUUCAGGUUUGAAGCCAAACCCUGAUAAUGAAGGAUGAGAUGGUGUGAUUUCUAAUCUUCCCCUGUUUUAUUUAGUUGGAUGUGUUUUUGGAUGUUUGCUUGCUGAGGUGAAAAGGGAACCUUUUAAGGUGUAAUUUUGCACUUCCAAAACUUAUUUUCUUGGGAAACAGUACAGGGUUCAAAGCCAAUUUUCCAUUUUAAUUUAAAUUAUGUAUAUAUGUCUUAAAACUUUGGGCUCUUUUUUUUUCUUCCUCUUCAGCAUUCAGAAAUUAAUGGACUUUUAUGUUUUCUCUAUAUUUUCUUAGUGAUUUGGCCCAUCUGCCUUAAGGCUAAGAAAAUAAUCUUGCAUAUGCUACCAACUUAAGGUACAUUAUCUUGUGUAACUUUUUUUUUCUUCUAAAAAUGUCUUGUGUUGAAAAUGUGUUGGGUGUUUAUUUCUAGGUUAGGUUCUACCUAAAAUAUUUCCAAGGACUGACACAAAACCUUCAUGUGUGGUAGUCUCUGCUACUUUGGGAAAGCUGCAUCUUUUCUGCCAAAUUUUAACACCUAAUAUAUUUAAUUUCUGUGCAAACUGUUGGAGAGGGUUCUGUAUAUGUUAUUGUAGUUUCCAGUUGAAUGGCUCUUUCAGCAGAUGGAAGUUGUUGUAAAAGACACCAGAAAGUAAUAAUUACAUCAAUAAUUACAUUAAUUUUUUAAAAUUAAGAGCCUAGAAUUUUCCUAGGAAGAAGAUAGGACAAAUCAGAGCAAUUUGGUUUUGUUGUAUAUGCUGUCAACAGAAAACCAGUAUUACUAAUAUGCCUCGGCACUGUCACUUUUAAAACCUGUCAGGGUGACACUGUAAACUUGGAAAUGGGCAGUUCUGAAUUUUCCAUUUUGAAAUGUACAUACAGGCUUCAGUCAGUAUCCAAGUUUAUUGUGUUCUACAGUUUUAAUAAUGAGAGAAGUAAUAAUGAGAGAAGAGCUAUACUUUCAAGAAAGGAUAGAGCUAUAGAUUUAACAACCAGAAAGUCUUAAUAUCUAAAAGCCCAAAGUUUACUUUUUGAAUCCAGGUUUUUGCAGUGAUUGGUUGUGCUUGGUUUAUUUAGGCAGGUCUACAUGGUGUGCAUCUGGUAGGUUGAGGGAAUGUUAACCAACUCCUUAACGGUCUAUUUUUACUCCACGUUUUUCCUGUCAUAGGUAAUGGAAAACAUGAGUUAUAGAAUAGGUGACCUCUUAAUUUUGAACUUGUUUCAGUGUGAGGACAAUUUUUCAUCAGAAGUGCUUGCAGGGUUACUACCUCAGUUUAUAAUCUACCUGGUCUUUAUUUCUGUCUGGUUUGCUUUAAGAACUGCCUCCAGUGUGUUUAUAUAUAUUCAUACAUAAACACACUGAGAGUGCAGCAACAUAAAAGUUGGUCAGAUUUUUGCAGAGUCCUUAGUGUGUUUUCUGCACCUCCACUUUAGGUAAUCACAGAGAACGCAUUCACAGAAUUGAGUAGGACACCGUCAAAGCAGGCUGGUUGCAGGUACCAGUUAUGUCAGGUGGAAAGAAGGCAUUGUUUGCCUUGAAGGAAGUGUUUUAAAAAUGCAUAGGCAUUCUUUUAAAAUCAGAAUGAAGUAUACUAUUUUAUGUCAGAGACUUAGGUUGUGUUUUGUGUUUCUGAAAUCUAGCACCCCUGCCUAUUUGAAAAUAAUGGAUAUCUUUAUAUUGAUUGGAUUGUGGGAAAUUGUUCCCUUGGGUUCCAACCUCAACUUCACUACCAAGUGAGUAAAAGCUUGGUUAACAAUUCUUCCAUUUGCUACCCUCCUCUAAAAGAAUGAUCAGAGGGUGAUGAGAAGGACAGAAGGGACCAUUUUUAGGUUGGAUAGAAGACGAAAGACAAUUCUUGCCAGUUUAAUCCCAAUACUAGUUGUUAGAACAAAGUUAAAGGUCCACCAUCUUAAAAAGAAAAUCCUUGGAAAUUUUAAUUGAACAUUUUAGGCAUUUAACGUCUUGCAAUGGUGCUUUAAGUAUCAGUGUAGCAUAUGAAAGGCUUUGUACAGACAGAUAAAAUUUCCUAGUGUUCAAAUGUAAUAACAGCACCUCUUCAUCUUUAACUUGAAAUCAAAACUAUCAGAUUUUAUUUUUUUACAAUUUAAGGAAGAUGAAAUUGGGGGACUAGAAGGCUUCUCUACAGACCAAUGAGUUACAUGUAACCAGUUUGUUGGGAUUUUGUAAAAUUCUAUUUGUGUAUGUAACUUAACUAAUCUGUAAAUUGUAAUAAAUAUAUUUGAUUAUUAAACGUUAAUGUGAUA